AUGACCACACCAAACCAUAGCGAAGAUCAGGUAACUAACACCGAUUCGGCUAUGAGAAAAGUGAACAUUGGAACAAGGAGAUCAGCACUGGCACUAGUACAGGCAGAGGCAGUACUAGCUGCACUGCGCAAAUCACACCCUAAUGUCGAAUUUGACCUUAUCGCCAUGGCAACAGCUGGUGAUAAAAAUCAAGAUACAUCGUUGAGCAAAUUUGGUAGCAAAGCCUUAUGGACGCAAGAGCUUGAGACAAGUCUUCUAGAAGGAAGCCUUGACCUCCUAGUUCACUGCUUGAAGGACUUACCGACUCAGCUCCCACCUAAUUGUGAAAUUGGUUGCAUUAUGGAACGAGAAGAUCCAAGAGAUGUUGUCAUCAUGAAGAAAGGCACACCCUUCAAGAAAUUAAGCGAUUUGCCUGCAGGCGCUGUUUUUGGGACUAGCAGUGUAAGAAGAAAUGCGCAGAUCAAGAGACUUUAUCCUCAAUUGGCGUGCAAAGAUAUUCGGGGAAAUAUUGGUACACGACUGAAUAAAUUAGACGCUACAGACAGUGAAUACUCUUGCUUGAUCCUUGCUGCAGCGGGUAUCUUACGCAUGGGAUGGGCUGAACGUAUAACACAGUACUUAGACUCUACGACAGAGAAUGCACAUUUUUACGCUGUGGGUCAAGGAGCUCUUGCUAUUGAGGUGCGGGAAGGUGACCAGAAAAUUAUCGAUAUGCUCAGCAACUUAGCCGACUCAAAAUCGACCUUAGCGGGCACUUCAGAACGUAGUCUAAUGCGAACUCUAGAAGGAGGAUGCAGUGUCCCUAUAGGUGUUGAAUCGACCUGGAUCGACAAAGGAAAACUAAUGAUGAAAGCCAUAGUCGUCAGCCUAGACGGAAAGAGGAGCGUUAGAGCAGAAAGACUGGAUGAAAUUCUUGACGUCAAUGAUGCCAAUGAAUUUGGACUGAGAUUGGCUCAGGACCUUAUUGAAAAAGGAGCACUCCUCAUACUUGAUCAGAUCAAGCAGAAUCGAUCAGCAGUAGCCUGA